AUGUCUAGUUUCCGUGGAACACCUCGAGGAGGCCGUGGCGGCUUUGGCGGCGGCAGCAGGGGUGGCUUUGGCGGCGGUUCCCGUGGAGGGCGCGGUGGAUUUGGCGGAGGUGCUUCUUUCGGUCCCCCAGACCAGGUCUUUGAGAUGGGCACAUUCGUCCACGAGGUUGAGAACGAGAUGUUCUGCGAGUCCAUCAACACCAAGAUCCCCUACUUCAACGCCCCGAUCUACCUCGAGAACAAGACCCCCAUCGGCAAGGUCGAUGAGAUCUGCGGUCCUCUGAACCAGGUCUACUUCACCAUCAAGCCCCAGGAAGGCAUCCAGGCCAAGUCCUUCAAGGCCGGCGACAAGUUCUACAUUGGAGGCGACAAGCUCCUGCCCCUCGACAGGUUCCUGCCCAAGCCCAAGCCCGCCCCCGGUGCGGCUAGGGUCAAGAAGCCCGCUGGUGCCGGUGGACGUGGUGGAGCUCGUGGUGGCCGCGGUCGCGGUGCCCCGAGAGGGCGCGGUGGACCUCCCGGCCGUGGUGGUUUCUCUUCGCGAGGAGGAUCGUUUGGCGGACGUGGUGGUGGCCGCGGUGGCGGUGGUGGCUUCACACCCCGUGGCCGUGGUGGGUUCACUCCCCGUGGGCGAGGUGGAUACUAA